UAAAUUUGUCAUUUCUACCAAUAAGAUCAAAGCUUCUUUCUUAUUCCCUUCUUUCCCACAAAACAAAUUUUAACCAAUUGUUUGGGGUCCCUCUUCCUUGCAUCAAAGUAAAAGGACGCCAAACGUGUGAAGUUGACGGUUCAAAAAGCACUCUGGUACUUCUUGCUUUCAGGUCCCGGGGUGUUGAUUUGCUAUUUCAUUUCCUUCUCUUACAAUGGCUGAUGGAAUACCUGAAAACCUGGAGAAAAUCGAGCCUAUAGUAAAUCGUGUAAGAAGGAAUUCAACUGGAAGUGUAGGCUUUGAAAUGGGAGGAUACAAGGUCUUGUCACGUUAUCUUGACGUUCCAAGAAGUUCAUGCCAUGAUAUGUGCAAACAUGGUUAUGAACAUGAUUCUCCAACAAAGGCAAAGAUUCCUCGGCCCUCAAGAGCAACAUUAGGGAAAAUCCCAGAAAGGAAGAAAGUACCAGGCUCAACUAAACUACCUUCAGAGAUCAAGAGCCAGACAACUUGCCAAGUCAAUGGACAGGAAAUACAAUCGUCCACCAAAAGAGUAGCACCUUCUGUAAAUCAACAAAGUGACUCCAAGCUUAAGCCUUUGGAAGAAAAUGCAUCAAGAAGGCAUCAAAGAAGAUACAGUGACAACUUUAUACCUGGGAGUUCUUCGAAAGUUCAAGAGUCUCUAUCGAAUGGAUCUAGCAGUAGACAAAACCACAGCUGUAAAAUGGAGAACGACGGUGGGUCCUCAGAGCUAAGUAAGAAAAAGAGUGUUGUUACCUCAACUGUUUCAUUGUCUCCAAAAUCUUCUGUGAAAAAAGUAUCGAGCACAACAUCCAGUAAUAACUCUCCCAGAAAGGCUUCUCAACUUAACAGUAGGACUAGUCUUGCACCAAGCAAGACUGGGAAAAUCAGUCAUGAAAAUGUGACAAAGAAGACGUCGCAUCAUAGAGAAUCAAAGACUAAAAGCAACACUACAGGUAUUUCCCAGGAAAAUAGUAAGGCCAAAGAAUCCUCUUUGCAUAGAGAUGGUCCAAAACGAGGAAAGACAGCUUCAUCAUCCCUUUGUUCCCCAUCAUUUUCACCAUCUUCAGGUGGUAGUAACUCAAGAAAUAUUGACACCACUACCCAGUCGUCCGUUUCCUCAUGUUCAUUGAUGUCACCAUCAUCAAACUCAGCAAAUGAGUCUGCUCACUGUGAUGAAACAAGCUCUAGCACCAGUCAAAAUGGAACUACAACUCAGAAGCAAGGCACAAAACCUCGGAAAGCUGGACAAGUUGGCUUAGAAAAUGAAGAUUGCAAUCCUAAACUGCUCAAGUUCAAAAAAGGGAAGACAAUUGAUAUCCAAUCUGAGAAUGACAGUCCGCGGAAACAAAAGUUGAGGCAAGUCACCAUAAAAGAUAAGGGCGAAAAUGAAAAUGGUAAUCUAAUAGGAAAAGGCUUGAGAAAAUUCACUGCUGAUGGCCAUUCAUAUGCUGCGAAAGACGAAGUUGUGACAGUAAAUCUUCGAUCCAAUGGUAUAGAGGAUUCAAAAGAAACUCCAAGUUUGUUCAACAACGUGAUUGAAGUUACGGCAAGCAAGCUUGCCAAGACUAGGAGAAGCAAGGUCAAGGCUCUGGUGGGUGCUUUUGAAACUAUAAUCUCCCUUCAGGAUCAAAAAUCCUCUCCAGUAAUUGGAAGAUCAUAACUUACAUUUCUCUUUACAGAAGGAAUCUGUCCGCCAGGUGGAUUCCAAGCAAUAUUCUGUAUGAUAAUACUUUGUUACUGUCCUUGUGACUAUUACUUUAGGUAGUUGUAGGGAUUGAUCACUCAAAUUUGAUUUCUAAUCGAGUUAAUGAGUGCUUAGAACAGUCUAAUCAGAGAAAUUUGGUUGAGCUUAAGACAUUCUUCGAUGAGUAACUCACCCAUGUAAGCUUUCAGUAGCUGAGGCACUUGUUAGCAUAUUAAGUCUUAACAUCAAGUAUUGGUUUUAUUCUGCAUAACAGAAUAGUCCAGACUUUAAAA